UUAGCACAAGAAAAGAAUGCUUGAUAACUUUGUUUCAAGAUCCAAAACCAAGCCUUACAUGCAAAGAUACCUUAACUUAGUCCUUUAAAUUCCUUCAAAAGCAGCACAGCUUUUAUACCUGACAAAGAAGCUUCCUUUUUUGUUGUGCUUCUUCAAAAUAAAGUUUCACUUUUUUAUCUGGUCUUUGAUUGAAAGAGCUUCAAAAUAAGGUUUCGUUACAAAGAAAGAUGGAUAUGCUAAAGCAAAUGAGGGUGAGAUUCUCCGGUAUAGGAGAAGAAGAGAAAGGAGGCAGCAGUAGCAACACAAGAGAUAAAACAAUACCACCUCAGAAAACUCAAUCCUUUAAAGACACAAAAAGAACACCUAGCUGGUUGUACAGACAAUUUAUAAGAACAAUGAGUCGUGAUUAUGAUUCAAGCGAUGUCGAAUAUCCAGCUGCGGUGGCUGCAGCUGCAUUUGCUGUAAAAUCAGUCGAAGACAAGAGUGGAUAUUAUGACCACAGAAGGACACAUAGUGGAGGAGCUGAUAAACCUGCGACUAAGAUCAAAGGUAAACCACAGGAUAUUGCUAAGAGACCUGAAAAGUUUUCGGAUGAAGGUUCAAAACUUCCUGAUAAAAGUUUGCCAGUAAGGUCAGCAACAAUCAAUCCAGAGCCAGUUAAAUCCGUUCCAUCUAUUAAGAAGACACCAACUUUUGGAGAUAACAAACCUGGAAGUGAAGUUGCUGAACAGGCCAAAAGAGUUCCAUCCAUGAAGAAAACACUCACAUUAUCAGACCAAAGCACUGAUAUUAGAGCUCCUAAAACCCCUGAGGUUCCUGUUUCCGAUCCUGCUCUUAAGCCAACUAGACCAUCUUCAUCUCAAACUAGACAAUCUUCAUCUCAACCUGGAAGUGGAAAUUCUAAGGCAGAUAUUUGGGAGAAAGAAAAGAUGGAGAAGAUCAGAGAAAGGUACAAGAAGCUCAUAAAAGAAAUAGUGGAAUGGGAGACUAAGAAGAAGCAAAAGGCAAGGCGUAAAUUGGACAGAAUUGAGGCUAAAUUACGAUCAAAUAAGAGUAUGAAAUUACAGGCUGAAUUAGACAGACGUCGGGCAAAAGCCAUGACACAUUUCAACAAUGAAGUCGGAAGGAUUGAAAGCAUUGCAGGAGGAGCCAGAGAACAAGCAGAUCAACAUCGAAUAAACAAAGAGCUUAAGGUUAUAGAGAAGGCAAAUAAGAUCAGAUCAACUGGGAAAAUGCCAUCAACAUGUUCAUGCUUUUAAAUAGUACCAUUCAUUAAGAAAACUGUAAAAAUUGUGAAAAUCCAACUUUUACUACAUUUGUUGGAGAAACAUGUAAAUAUACUGAGUACAAUAUUUGCCGUAUAUAAGCUUCAUAUGAUUAUCACAAAUCAGUAUUGAUGUCAAGUUGUAAUCCAUCAAAGGAGAACAAAUCUAUCUGAAUACAGUUAUACAGUCA